AUGCAACCGGUCCGCUCGACCCGACAAAUGAUGGGGCCCGAGCGGCGGAACGCACUGACGCCGAUCGGCGAUCGCUUGGAGGCUGCAGAUGUGCGAGUGAUCGCGUCCUGCCUGCUCGCCGCCGGCGUCUUCAACGGGAACACGGCCGAGGAGUUUCUGGACGCAAACGGCGCGAAAAACAGCCGGGGCCUCGUGAAUCGCGUGAAGCAGCGCGGCCACCACGCCUUCGACGCCUUCUACUUGGCGCUGAUGGAGUGCUAUCCAAAGCGCACAAUAUUCUAC